AUGGUACCACCUACUGCUGUUGAAUCGUCGCUUAAUUUCGCCGGCCACCCAUCCAUUAAAACCGUUGAGGACCCACUUGUUGAGCAAUUGUCCCUCAAUCAAGAUGUCACUAUCAGACACAACGCUCCUCCUCCAACCUUGUACGAGGACGGUUUGUUGGAGAAGGGUACCACCAUCUCUUCCACCGGUGCCUUGAUGGCCUACUCUGGUGAGAAGACCGGUAGAUCUCCAAAGGACAAGAGAAUUGUCGAUGAGGAGACCUCCACCCACAACAUUUGGUGGGGACCCGUUAACAAGCAGGUCGACGAGUUGACCUGGAAGAUUUCCAGAUCCAGAGCUCUCGACUACUUGAGAACCAGAGAGAAGUUGUUCGUUGUUGAUGCUUUCGCUGGUUGGGACCCAAGAUACAGAAUCAAGGUCAGAAUCGUGUGUGCCAGAGCUUACCACGCUUUGUUCAUGACCAACAUGUUGAUCAGACCAACCGCCGAGGAGCUCGAGAACUUCGGUGAGCCAGACUUCACCAUCUACAACGCUGGUCAAUUCCCUGCCAACAUCCACACCAAGGGUAUGACUUCCACCACUUCCGUCGAGAUUAACUUCAAGGCUAUGGAGAUGGUCAUCUUGGGUACUGAGUACGCCGGUGAGAUGAAGAAGGGUAUCUUCACUGUUAUGUUCUACUUGAUGCCAAUCAAGCACCAAGUCUUGACCUUGCACUCCUCUUGUAACCAAGGUACUGAGAAGGGUGACGUCACCUUGUUCUUCGGUUUGUCCGGUACUGGUAAGACCACCUUGUCUGCCGACCCUAACCGUAAGUUGAUCGGUGACGACGAGCACUGUUGGUCCGACAACGGUGUUUUCAACAUCGAGGGUGGCUGUUACGCCAAGUGUUUGGACUUGUCUGCCGAGAAGGAGCCAGAGAUCUUCAACUCGAUCAAGUUCGGUGCCAUCUUGGAGAACGUUGUCUACGACCAAUACUCCAAGGUCGUCAACUACGAGGACUCUGCCAUCACCGAGAACACCAGAUGUGCCUACCCAAUUGACUUCAUCCCAUCCGCCAAGAUCCCAUGUUUGGCUGACACUCACCCAACCAACAUCAUCUUGUUGACCUGUGAUGCCAGCGGUGUCUUGCCUCCAGUUUCUAAGUUGUCCAACGCUCAAGUUAUGUACCACUUUAUCUCUGGUUACACCUCUAAGAUGGCUGGUACCGAGGAGGGUGUCACCGAGCCACAAGCCACUUUCUCUGCUUGUUUCGGUCAACCAUUCUUGGUCUUGCACCCAAUGAAGUACGCUCAACAAUUGUCUGACAAGAUCUCCCAACACAACGCCAACGCUUGGUUGUUGAACACCGGUUGGGUUGGUGCCUCUGCUGCCAGAGGUGGUAAGAGAUGUUCUCUUAAAUACACCAGAGCCAUCUUGGACGCCAUCCACAACGGCACCUUGUCUCAAGUCGAGUACGACACUUUCCCAACCUUCAACUUGAACAUUCCAAAGACCUGCCCAGGUGUUCCAGACGAGAUCUUGAACCCAACCAAGGCUUGGAGCGAGGGUGUUGCUUCUUUCGAGAAGGAGACUCAAUCCUUGGCUUCUAAGUUUGCUUCCAACUUCGAGAAGUACGCCGACCAAGCUACUUCUGAGGUCAAGGCUGCUGGCCCUCAAGUCUAA